AUUUGGUAGCAGGGUCCUCAAAAAUGAAUUUAAACUGGACGUGAACGAACAUAGGAGGAGUGGCCCAGUGAAGUAGAAGGUUUAUAAACUCGCAUUAGAUGCCGAUUAUAGUCCACUGACGUGAUAUGAUUGUCAUCACGAUCCGGACAUGUUGACAAAAGAACAACUAGGACAACUUAAAACUCGACUUUUAUCUUUCUGGACACAUCAAACAAGACAAAGAAAAUGAUGAAGGUGGCACCUCACAACUCGUUUCACUUUGCCUCGAGACGAGUCUCGGCUGCAACCCCGCAGUAUGCAGCGUUGCAGCUACGCCGAAAAUUAUCAGCAGCUACAGCUAAUCUAAACACUUCCGCUAAUCUAAACACUUCCGCUAAUCUAAACACUUCCUCUAAUCUAAACACUUCUUGUUCUUCCGCUAAUCUAAACACUUCCUCCAGGGAACAACAUGAAGACCAAAGAUGGAACGCUUUCCAAUAUGGGGCUUUGGAUAUGGGCAAGAAAAUGCUACUUGGAGGUUCUCUAUGGGCAGCUGGAGAUCUCCUCUCGCAACUUGUUGCGUCCGAAAACGGUGAAGAUGAUUAUCAAGAUUAUAGAGGUAAAUCAAAGUCAAACGAGGAGAAGAUUGAGACCGCAGUCCCCGCAGAAGAAAAGACGAAUAGAAAAGCUUCUGAGUGGUCUGACAGCGUCUUCAAGAACAUCCAGAGCGAGAGCAUGAUCCACUCGUUUUUGAUCGGGGGAAUGUUUUUCACUCCACUGGGCAACGCUUGGUACACAGCUGCCGACCAAAUUUUCAAACAUGCUUUACCAAUGCUUCUUUUCGAUCAGACGGUCUUCGCGGUUACAGCACUCUCUGGCGUCUUCACUGCGUUCAAACUACUCAACCAGAACAAGAAUUCAUCUUCUGAGCAGAACGGUUGCCCUGCUGUCCCAGUAGUUGACCCAUCUAAAAUCAACAUCCAAGACAUUGUGGCGAAAGAAGUCUUACCGGUGCUGCCAUUAAACUGGAGUGUCUGGGUACCUGUGCAGGCGGCAAACUUUUUCCUAGUUCCCGCACCGUUGCGAAUUUAUCUCGUCAACAUAGUAACAGUCCCUUGGACGGGGUAUCUGGCAUAUCGCGCAAAAAGGAUGAAUGCGGGAGGGGAGAAUGAAAAUGAAAUGUAGAUGAAUUUAAUCUUGAUCAUUCUAAAUUUAAGUGCAAGCGCAUGAAGAUAGAUAUAGAUUGUCGUUUGUUUGUUUGUUUGUUUUGAUGCGCUCCGGGCAACGCGUACGAUCCCGCCGGAUUUCUUUGUGCUCUGUGUGUGUUAUGCUAUGGUCGGCAUUGCGAUCGGCUUUGGUAUGUCUAGUCGCCACAGUCUCCGCCAGCUGCAGCUUUUAUGGCAUGUCGGGCGAGGUGUGCAGGCGGCGGCAACCGUGCGUAGGUAGCGCCUGGCGGUGAGGCGCGAUCGGGUUUGGUUGACGUUUUCACGGCCUGCGUGCUCUGUUCUUCGCGUUCUUUCUGUUAUCAUGAAAGAAAACGAAAGUGUAUAUUCGAGUAUUCGCGAUUGUUGUGCCUGAAUGUUGGAGCGCUAUGAUAUGAUAACAUUGAUGUUGAAGCUGUAUAAAUCCAUAAAAAUGAAUGAGUCUCCUUCUAAACCUACGAUUUCGCAAAUUUCUCGAAAAAUAUAGUGUCAGUGGAUGUCAGAUGAUUAUAAACACCCGUCACACUGAAGAAGCGUACUAUUAACGCACGCAGCGCACAGAAAGUUUCUUGUGGUUAUCCCGUAUGAUGUGAUGAAAGAUUUUCGUUUUCCAUUGGCAGCCACAAGAUGACGGACUAGCAAUGGUGUAGACACAAGGCC